CCAGGUACAAAUCUCCUAUAUUUAAUCCUCAAAAAUGUUCGAACCGACAGCAAAAUUGCUUGAAUUAAAUAAUAAAUCUGCUUUAAAUAUCUUUCACGAAGAUUUUGCUAAAUAUCUAGACGAUUGUGACCCGCUAAAAGAGUUCAGAAAUGAAUAUUAUAUUCCAAAGAACUCAGAUAUUCCGUUAGGUAAGUUAAAAUAGUCUGUAUGUGUAGUUUAUAUUGCAUUUUGAGGAAAGGAUCGAGUAUGGUGAUUGCUAAAUAUUUAUAGUAUACUUCAAAAUAAGGUUUCCGUUUUAAUAACGUAGAAAAAACUAUCCUAACGCAAAACUAAACCCUAACCCUAAUACUAACCCUACCCCUAACCUUAAUCUAACCUUAACCUAACCCUAACUUAUUUUACAGUAAAAAUUGAUAUAAAAACGGAAACCUUAUUUUGAAGUAUGGGGUGUGUAUGGGGUCCGCGAGGGAUCUCUGCGAAAAAAGUUAAAUGAACGAACUCCACUGUAGAAAGUUUGUAUGCAGCAACUGAGAUCUCAGUUUUAAAUGAUUUUAUACUGUAUUUUCAAUAUAUUUACCAUAACCCAUUGAGCUGCUUCACACCCAGCUUCGCACCCUAUAAAUGCACCCUACUCCGAUUUGGUACUUUAACGGUAACAAUAAGUAACAUUUAGGUAUUUUAACGGUAAAUCUUUGAAAAGUGUUCUGAAACGAUAAACACUAUUUUUUCCUCACGAUUCACACUACAUUUUUAGUGUUUUGAUUCACGACUGAUGGUAACCGAAAUUGAGUGAAUCACAACUCACGAUAUACCCCAUCAACCAGGGGUCGGUUGUAGAAAAAAGUGAUUAAAGUUAACUAUAGUUAGUGGAAACAUCAUCCAAUAUGAAGCGCCUAUUUGAGAGUUAAUCACUAUUUAACUAUUAAAUCUAAUAUUUAAAGUAUUGCCCAAUUUUUUAGCUGAUUUUAUAAAAUUAAUAAACCCAGAGGAGCCAUGUGUAUAUUUAUGUGGACAUUCACUUGGAUUACAACCCAAGACAACCAAGAAAUAUAUAGAUGAUGAAUUGCAAAAGUGGGCUACAAAGUAAGGAAUCUGUUUGAUAGAAAAAUAUGUUAAAUACAGUACAGUAAGGAGAAUAUUCUGCCAGGGGCGUAGCCAGACCAACGAUUUAGUCCCGCUAUGCAAAUAUUUUCGUGUUCAUUGACUGUGAAAACAAUCAAUUUCUAAAGAAAUGAAUAAUGAUAAUAAUUUUGAAUUUGCAUAGCGGGACUAAAUUGUCGGGCUGGCUACGCCACUGAGAAUUGCCAUCAUCAUCGCACCAUCACCAUUAUGAUAACAUUCCUUACCAUCAUCAUCAUUGCCUGAUGCAACAUCACCAGCAGCAGCAUCCAGGCUCGGAGCUACGGGGGGUGGGUGUGGGGGGGUGUGACACCCCCCCAGAAAUUCUAUUCAGUCGGCAGGACUGCUAUUCAGUCGGUAGGACUGCUAUUCAGUCGGUUGAACUGCUAUUUGGGUUAAAUAUUUUGGGGGCAAAGGGCAAGAUCGUGGUCGGAAAUUUAGAAAAAAAUUUUGGAAAAAUGUUAAAAAUUUGGAAAAAUGUUGGAAAAUGUUGAAAAUAUGUGAUGUCUGGAAAAUUUUUUACUGUUCCGGAAAAAUUUUGUAUGUCCGGAAAAAUUUUUGGACCCCUAAAAUGGUAUCCUGAGGACGGCCCUGGCAGCAUCAUCACCAGUAUCAUCACCGGUAUCACCAGCAGCAUGAAUGGCAUGACCACCAGCACCAAUGGCAUCGCCACCAGCAUCAUCACCAUCACCAAUGCCAUCAUCACUAGUGACCACCACCAUUAUCACAAAUGACAUUAUAAAACUACCAGCAUCAUCACCAAUGUCAUCACCACCAGCAUCAUCACCAACAUCAUCAUAACCUGACAGCAUUAUCACGAUCUUCAUCACCAUGUCAAUUAAUGCACCACCAGCAUCAUCACCAAUGUCAUCACCACCAGCAUCAUCACCAACAUCAUCAUAACCUGACAGCAUUAUCACCAUCUUCAUCACCAUGUCAAUGACCACCAGCAUCAUCACCAUCACCAAUGUCAUCACCACCAGCAUCAUCACCACCAGCAUCAUCACCAUCAUGAAUGGCAUGACCACCAGCAUCAUCACCAAUGUCAUCACCACCAGCAUCAUCACCAUCAUGAAUGGCAUGACCACCAGCAUCAUCACCAUCACCAAUGUCAUCACCACCAGCAUCAUCACCAUCAUGAAUGGCAUGACCACCAGCACCAUCACCAAUGUCAUCACCACCAGCAUCAUCACCAUCAUGAAUGGCAUGACCACCAUCACCAAUGUCAUCACCACCAGCAUCAUCACCAUCAUGAAUGGCAUGACCACCAGCAUCAUCACCAUCACCAAUGUCAUCACCACCAGCAUCAUCACCAUCAUGAAUGGCAUGACGACCAGCACCAUCACCAAUGUCAUCACCACCAGCAUCAUCACCAUCAAGAAUGGCAUGACCACCAUCAUCAUCACCACUAUGAAAACUACCAUAAUCUGAAACAUCACCACCACUAUCAUCACCACCACCAUAUCCCAAAGUGUUUUCCUACAGAGGUGUUUUAGGUCAUGCUCAUGUUGAGGAUAAACCAUGGUUGACAAUAGAUGAGACUGUGAAUGGACUAAGCGCUCAGAUUGUUGGUAAGAUCACUCUGAUAUUGAAGAUGUUCUUCUAUUAUGUAAUAUUAUACUGCUUGUGGACACCUCUCCAAUACACCACUCUAAUACAGACACCUCUUUAAUACACCACUCUAAUACAGACACCUCUUUAACACACCGCUCUAAUACAGACACCUCUUUAAUACACCACUCUAAUACAGACGCUUCUCUAAUACACCACUCUAAUACAGACACCUCUUUAAUACACCACUCUAAUACAGACA